AUGGCAGGAUUGAACAAUACAGGUGAGGCUAGCACGAAGAGCACAGAAGUUGCAACAGUGAAGAACAUGCGCUGGCACAUGAUCGAUCUGACUUCACCGCCACCAGUGGCCCAAGUGUCACCGGUCCAAAACCCAAUGCAGGGAUUUAAUGUGGACUUUAUAAUGCCUCAAAACCAGGCACAAGGAUUUGCAGAGGGCGAUCGCUCUACGAUAGACGGGGGAGUUUGGGGACAGACUUCGGGAUUCGUGGAAAACACUUUAACACCGCCGGUCCAAAACCCACUGCAUUUUAUUGUGGGGUUUACAAGUCCAAACUCAAGUCACGGGAUUGCGCCACUGACGCCCUCAACGCUGGAUGUGACAGAGGGAGAAAACGACACAGAAUUCGAGGAAAACACAGCAGAGUCCGAUGUGGGACAAGAAACGGGACAGGAGGAGACAUCUGACGCUGGAGUCUACAACCAGGAAAGAUUUCAUUAUUUUCCAGAUAGUGAAAGUGAAUAUGUUGACAUGCAAGCUCUAAAUCAGAGGGAUAUAGUCUCAGACAGUGAUGGAAUUGAAACAGUGGAUUUCAACACCUCUGUGCUAAUUGUCGAACAAGUGUUCAGAAGAUACAUGUAUGAUAUAGCAUGUUUAAAUCGCCGCAUGAUUGAGAAUAUAUAUAAUCAACUUAGACAGAACGUUAGACGCAGGCAUUCCGUCAAUUCAUAUUCAGCUAACGCUAGACGUGCCACUCGUGAACAAAGAACACUGCCACAAAGAGUCCAUCGCAGGUUGCAAUUUGAAGACUAAUUUUUGAUCGGGUGAUAAAGACAAAUGGCUGAACCAGAUCACAACAAUUCCCCUGAAAUUAGAGAGCAUCUCCUCCACUUGAUCUCUGAGAUAAACCGAGAAAGAUCCGAAGGCGGGGCUAAUCAGGGUUCUCCCCGAAACAGUCCAAUUCUGCCUCAGCAUGAUUCACCUGAAAGAGGGGGAGAAGUUUUUCUUCCAUCCCCUGAUGAGCUAAUUUCCUUACUCCAAAUGUACAGAUACCCCUCCCC